AACUUACAACUAAAUAGAAAAAUGAAUAGAUGAACUCCAUUGUUGAUUGCAGUCCGAGUUCCCCAACUCGGAGCUUUCCACUAUAAACUUGAAAUUGAUUAUCCAGAAAAAUGGCGCGGAAAACGCGAUCAACAGAGUUGCAAAUUCCACUACCUUGCAGUUUUUUGGAUUUCUUCUCACUCGUUUCAGCAAUUUCCCCGAUGUUUCUCCAUCUCCUUGCUUCGAUUCAUCAUGAUUCAUCAUCAAUUAAUUCGUCUUCGUUGUCAUCGUCGACCGACCUCGUCAUUAUCUUUUUUGACGCCUCUAGGUUUGAUUUUGUUGCGCCGAUCGAGUAGUUUCUUUCCAGGUUAGUAUUUUCUGAUUGUAACUAGGGCUUAAUUAUGGAACUGAGUUUUGUUUAAUCUUCGUUUUGAUCAGUAUUCAGUAAUGUGAAGGUUUUUUUAGGUCUUUUUUUUUUGUUAAUUUGUGUUAAUUUGUUUGAAUAUGAACUUGUUUUUCUUCAACUGAUUGUACAUUUGCAAAACCCUAACACUAGAACUCUUGUGUUUGAAAAAUCAAUCAACUAAUAAGUUUGCUAAAUUGCUACGUUUGCUAAAUCAAUCAACCCUAACAGCAUAUUGAAAUUCAAAUGAUGUUACAGAAUUUAGUUAUGGCUUAUAAUGAAUUACAAUUGAUGGUUUCAAGAUAACAACUAUAUGCUCUAAAUCCUACAUUGUCUGACUUUGACAUACGAUUGAUCUUUCCUAAAGAACCUCAAUCUAAACCCUUCAUCUCAUAUUAAUCUAUUCAAAAUCGUAAAUUUCAAGUUUAAUUCCAAGUUAGCAAUUUUGUUAAGUGUAAAAGAAAAACAAAAAAAUAAAGAGGAGGAAAGGAAGGUUAAAAAAAAUAGUCUGUCACUGCAGCUAUAAAGGGAAUCGAACGUUUGAUCUUUGCUGUCAUGUUGAUCUCAAAACCACUGAGGUACUUGGUUUAUUGUGAUACAUUAUAGGGGUGAAUAAUAUAUAACGUUUUUUUUCUGUCCAGUAAGGGUUCAGUUGCUUACUAUCUUUGUUCAUGAAACAUAACAUUUGAAAAGUCAGUAAGUUAGGAACCAAAACAUAGGGUAAGAAGACUUUGAAAUUAAUGUUAAACAAGUGAAUGGAGGAUAGAUGUCAAUUCCAUUGUGAUAUAACUUAUUCAUUCAAACGUUCGGGGAUUUCUGUGUAAUUCAAUUCUGAGUGAGUCAAUUUUGUUGGGCCAAGACUUUUGUACAACCUUUCUACCCCACAAGCUUUUGACUAAUAACAGAGUCUUAGUGGGCACUAAUUAACAAAUACAAAGAACAAAUAUAUGCAAGUUGCCAUACAGAUUGAUUGAAUGCUCAAAAUUGUGUCCUUACAGUAACUGUGCAAUUCUACCAUGAAAACAUUCCAUCACCUUUUAUUUAUGAUCCUACUUUCUUGGCUUGUGCUGUUAUGCUACUGGUGUCAUACUGCUGCUACUGCUGGAGACGAGGCUAGCUUUGGUGUCAACAAUAACAUCAAGUGUAUUGAUCACGAGAGAAACUCCCUGCUUAAAUUCAAACGAGGCGUGAAAGAUUAUUGUGGGAUUCUUUCUUCUUGGGGAAACCAAGAUGACUGUUGCCAGUGGCAUGGGAUUCUCUGCAGCAACCGUACCGGUCAUGUUAUUAUGCUCCAUCUUCACGAUAAUGAAAAUCAGUUCACGUGUUUAGAAGUAUUGAGAGAAAUCAACCUCAGUGGAAAUAAUCUUAGUGAAGCCACGGACUGGAUCCAAACCAUCAACAACAUUCCCUCCCUAAGGGUCCUUUACUUGGAUGAUUGUGAACUUUAUCCUGUAAUUCCAUCAUCACUUUCUUACAACAAUUCUUUAACUGCUCUUCGUGUCGUCAGCCUUCAGUCUAACCAUUUAAAUGACACUCCUAUAUUCCAAUGGUUGUUCAACUCGAGUGGAAACAGUAACCAAAUAGAAUAUCUUGACCUUUCUGAUAACUCUAUUUCAGGGCAUCUACCAAGUGCAUUUGAAAGUGUGCAUUCCCUUUCAUAUCUCGACCUUUCUGGUAACUCUCUUUCAGGGUUUCUCCCAAGUGCAUUUGAAAGCAUGCACUCCCUUUCAUACCUUGACCUUUCUUACAACUCAUUUUCGGGGUUCUUCCCAAGUGCAUUUGAAAACUUGCACUCCCUUUCACAUCUCUCUCUCUCUGACAAUAACCUUGAAGGUCCAAUUCCUGAAUAUUUUCGAAACCUAAGGUCCCUGAAAGUGCUCCACCUAUCUAACAAUAAACUUCAUGGCCCCCUUUCAAAAAUCGCCAGUUGUUUAUGCAACUUGCAAAAACUUGACUUGCAAGGUAACAUCUUUACUGAUGAUAUGUCUGAUGUCUUCCAAGCACUAUCAGUUGGGUGUACAAACGAGCCACUUUUGGAGUAUUUGGAUUUAAGUAUGAACCAGUUCUGGGGUUCUGUUCCGAACAUGAUCAGCAGUUUUUCUUCAAUGAGAGAAUUAGAUCUAAAUGGGAAUCAUCUGAAUGGCUCAAUAAGUCAAGGUAUUGGGAAACUUUCAAUGCUUGAGGUUUUGGAUGUUUCUUAUAACUCUAUAAGAGAUACCCUCAACCACAACCACUUCUUAAAUCUUUCGAAUUUGCGGGAACUAUACUUGUCAGACAACCAUGCACUGAUGGUCAAUCUCAGUGCUGGUUGGGUACCUCCCUUUAAACUGAACAUCAUAAGUUUAAGAUCUUGCAAGUUGGGGCCUUCUUUCCCAGAUUGGCUUCUAACUCAAACUAAUUUCUCCUACCUUGAUAUAUCUGAUACACAACUUUCAGACAAAAUUCCCGCAUCCUUUUGGGCCAAAUCAUUGUCGUCCAAUCUGCAGUUUUUGAACGCUUCUCACAAUAAAAUUCAUGGGGUGCUCCCAAAUUUGUCAGCCACCUUUGACAUAGAUAGUGUGAUUGACUUGAGUUCAAACUACUUUGAGGGUUCAAUCCCAUCAUUUCUGGGAACAUAUGCUUCCUCACUGUACCUGAACGACAACAUGUUUUCAGAUGCCACUCAUCUAUUGUGUCCAAGAAUAGGUAAUACCGUCCUGUGGGAUCUUGACCUAUCAAACAACUUGUUGUCUGGAAAGCUUCCUGAUUGUUGGAUGAAAUUUGAUCAAUUGCAAUAUUUGCACUUGGAAAACAAUAAAUUCUCUGGUAAUAUACCAACAUCCAUCGGUGAUCUAAAACAACUUAACUAUUUGCACUUGCAAAAUAAUAGUUUUUCAGGAGAUCUCCCAGCACGGUUGGAGAACUGUACUUCCUUGUUAAUUCUAGAUCUUGGGUAUAAUUCUUUAACUGGCUAUAUACCUCCAAGCAUCGGAAUUGCUUUUAAUGAUCUCCGUCUUCUUAACCUGCGUGGAAACCAUUUUUUUGGUAGACUGCCUCUAAGCCUGUGUCAAUUAUCCAAUCUUCACUUGUUGGAUCUUGCUAUUAACCACAUAUCAGGCACUAUUCCAGAUUGCAUACAUAAUCUUACAGCAAUGAUAAAAGGAGGGUCAGACUAUCUAGUCUCUGUUUCAACCAGUCUGGGUAAAGAGGCCAUUUCGCCGUAUGAGGAAACUGCGGUAAUUGAGUGGAAAAGAGAACAACAGAAAUUUAAAGAUACCUUGGCACAAGUGAAUUACAUUGAUUUGUCCAGUAAUGAGCUGGAAGGGGAAAUCCCAGAUGGAAUUACAAAUCUUACCGGGUUAAUCUCCCUCGAUUUAUCAAGAAAUAAGUUGAGAGGAAGCAUUGUAUCAAAUAUUGGGCAGCUGAUAUUAUUAGAAUUUCUUGAUCUAUCAAACAACCAUCUCUCUGGAGUUAUACCAACAAGCCUUGCUGAUGUGAGUUAUCUGGGAACCUUAGAUUUGUCGAACAACAACUUGUCGGGCAAAAUUCCACUCGGAACUCAGUUACAGGGGUUCGAUCCUUCAUCGUACAAAGGAAACCCAUUACUUUGCGGGGCACCACUACGAAAAUGUCCCGGAGAUAAACCACCAAACGGAGAAAGUAUGAUUCAUCAGGAGGAGCAUGGAAAUGAUGAUAUUUAUCCAGGGUUGUACAUAAGCGUGGUGCUUGGAUUUAUAAUAGGAUUCUGGGGAGUUUGCGGCACUUUAGUGAUGAAAACGUCGUGGAGACAUGCUUUUUUCCGGUUGUUUGAUGGCAUGAAAGACAAGGUGUAUGUCAUGGUGGUUGUGAAUAUAGCUAGAGCUUGGAGGAAACCUUGAAGCUCAAAGAAGUGAAGUACAAGGUUGUUCUCAAAGGAUUAACGACAGCAGAAGAGAAAGGAAUCUUACAUGGAAGACUGAAAAGGGACUAGACGAUCAGGUAAAGCUCAAAUUACAUUGGUGAGAGCUAGACCAGUGCAAUGGGACAGGUCGGGUCAAGAUAACUCUUAAACGGGUUAGACCGGGUCAUGACCCAUUUAUCAUGACUCGGCUCAUUUAUUUAUUAUAUAGCUCAUUUUUACAACCAAUUUGAUAUAUUUUUAAGUAAAUAUCUGUAGUACAAAGUUUUGAUUUUUUGACAAAAGCAGAGCAAAAAUUACAAAAUGUUAUUAAUUACCCCAUAUUACCACCAACUAAUUUAAACUUCCUUCACUUUCUAAUUAAGCUUGGAAGCUUAAAGCUUAAACGUGUAGGCCAAAUCUAAUUGUAGAUAAAUUCACAGUUCAUAGGCGGUUAUGCAUGUUAUCCUAAUGCAUUAUCGAACUAAAAGAAUUCUAGGUUAUACCAAAUGUAGUAAUAAUUUUCAGGAUAGAAGACUUCGUAUUAUUUGUUUAUAAGAAUUUGACUUAUUCUACUUUCCUAUUUCAUGCGUUAUUAUUAGGCUAAUAUAUCAAAAACAAAACAAAUUAAAACACCUUUCGUUUUCGUAUAUAAUAAUAACCUGGCCUCAAUCUUAAUUUUAACACAAACAAAAACAAGAACAAACACAGAAACAAAAAACAAAACACAAAGUUUGGAUCGAUAGUGAUGUAUCAGUUGGCAAUGGAUGAUAGUACUCCAUUGUGUGAUAUGAUCAUCCCUAUGGAUGAUUUGAAUGGAGUUCUCAAUGACUCGUGGUUCUUCUCCGAUGAACAACUUCUACAACAAAUAACUACCGAUGGUUUUUUAGACCAGUCGUCAUCAUCAAUGGUGUCUUUGCCGGAGUUACUACCUUCUUCUUGCCGUCAUGGCAAGGGGAAAGAGUUAAAGACUCUCACUCGUCAAAUCUUGAUCAAACCAAAGUCGUCGGGAAAACCACUCUCUUUUCUUCAUCGACAACAAAACAAGAUGAUAAAGAAGUCGGGAAGUGUCGUCAAUGGCUUUCAAGAACAACAAAGCAAGACGAUAAAGAAGUCGAAAAGUGUCGUCAAUGGCCUUCAACAACAACAAAGGAAUAUGGUGAAGACGACGUCGUCGCCGAGAAUAGUAAUCAAAUGCAGUAGCAAAGCUGUCGAGGGUCAUCAAGUGACAUCGACAGAGAAUGUCGGUGCUGUGAAGUCUAAAGAUGAAGUGGUGACCAAGAAUACUCUAACUCAUCAACUCAUCAAACCGAAGUCGUCAGGAAAACCACUCUCUUUUCUUCGUCGACAACAACAACAACAACAACAAAAACAACAUAACACGAUGAUGAAAUCUUUCGUCAAAGAAAACAAGAUGAUGAAGACGUCUGUCGAGGGUAAUCAAGUGACAUCGAUAGACAAUGUGGGUGUGAAGUUUCAAGAAAAUGCAGUGGUGACCAAGAAAUCUGAAGAUGUGGUUAUGAAAGAAGAUGAGUUGAAAUCGAAUCUGGAAAUAACGAAGAGGAAACUACAAGAAGGCUAUCAAAAGAGUAAUGAAACGAGGAAGAGAAUAUGCAUGAUAGACAUAAGGGCUCUUCCUUCGCAACCGGCUUGUCAUUCUUCCCUCGAUAUUAGGAAAGGUUUGAUAUGUUAGAGACAAUAAUUGAUCAUUUUGUUUGUUUACUUUUAGUUUGUAUUAACACGUACAGUUAAUUGUGAAGCUUAACUUGUGACUUGGAAGGUGUAGUCCCUUUAGGGACUACAAAAAGUGCUCCCGUUGGAGUCACCUCCAAGGGAGAGUAGGGCUUUUUCCUCCUCGCGGAGGAGGUUUUUGCCUGUUAUAAGCUUCACUUUAUUUACACGUAUUGAUCAAUACAGUUUUUAAUUUGAUACA